AUGGGUGGAUUCCGUCUUCUUGACUUGGUCAAAUUCUUCUUGCCAAUUUUACCAGAAGUUGAAUUACCUAUUGAGAAAAUUGCAUUUGAUGAAAGAAUCGUAUAUACCGUCGGUAGUGCUGUCAUUUUCCUUUUCGGUCAAUUACCAAUCUUUGGAUUAAAAUCCAAUGCACAAUUCUAUAUCAAUGAUCCUUUCUAUAGUGUUAGAUCCAUCGUUGGUAUGGAAAAAGGUACCCUUUUAGAGUUGGGUUUAUUACCUGUGGUAACUGGUGCCUUUAUCUGGCAACUUGCUGCUGGUUUGAGAUUAAUCAAUGUCAAUUUGGGUUUAAGAUAUGAUCGUGAAUUAUUCCAAACUGGUCAAAAAUUAACUGCUUUCAUUUUGGCUAUUUGUUAUACUAUUGAACUUAUUUCUUCUGGAUAUUAUGAUAAUGCUAUUCGUGGAUAUGAUCCAUUAAAUGAUUCAACACCAUUUGGUACUUAUGCUUUAAUUUUCACUCAAGUUGCCGGUUGGUCUUGGUUUACUACUUUAUUGGUUGAAAUUUUCGAUAAAGGUUAUGGUUUUGGUUCUGGUGCAUUAUGUUUCUUAGCUUUACAAAACGCCACCAAUUUCAUUGCUGAUGUUUUAGGUCUUGAAGUUAUCCCAAUUAUUAACUCCAAUAAAACUGAAAGUUUAGGUGCUUUAGUUAAUUUAAUUAGAAACUUUAAAUUAUUCAGUCCAAAACAAACUGCAACUACUAUUUGGCAUGCAUUCACUCGUGUUCAAUUACCAAAUUUAACUCAAUUCUACAUUGCUGUCUUAUCAAUUGCUGUUUUCAUUGGAUUACAAAACUUCCGUAUCGAAAUUCCAAUUAGAUCAACCAAAGUCAGAGGUAUGAACAAUGUUUUCCCAAUCAAAUUAUUAUACACUGGUGGAUUACCAGUCUUAUUUGCAUUCACUGUUUUAAUGAAUAUUCAAAUGUUUGCUUAUUCCUUCACUAGUUUAUUAUCUAAAUUAGGAGCUCCAGAGUUCUUGAUUCCAAUUUUAGCCAAAUAUGAAACCUCCCCAACUUCAAACAACUUAGUUUUGACAUCAGGUAUCUUUUCCUAUUUCACCAGUUCAACCUCCUUGGUCCAAUCAUUAUUAGCUCCAAUCAGAACCGUUGUCUACUCCGCCUCAAUCAUCUUCUUAGCCGUCUGGUUCGCAAACAAGUGGAGUUAUGUGUCUGGUUCUGCUCCAAAGGAUAUCUCCAAACAAUUCAAGGAUCAAGGUAUUUCUAUUUCAGGAAAAAGAGAUGUCUCAGUCACUAAAGAAUUAGCCAGAGUUAUCCCAGUUGCUUCUGUCAGUGGUGCAUUCUUAUUAGCUGCCACUUGUUGUCUUGGUGAAUUCUUGGGUGGAUUAGGAAAAGGUGUUGCUGCUACUAUUGGGGUUUCGUCUGCUUUUGGAGUUUUGGAAGAAUUUAUGAUUGAAUAUCAACAAAGUGGUGGUUCGCAAUUCACGAAUGCCCUUUCUGGAUUACAACAAUAG